AUGGAGGCAGAACAACUCAAAGUAAUGUUUGAGCAACAACUGCAACUCAUCAAAGUACGUCCGGAGCGACUAUCAACUACAUCUUUGGCUUCACCGGCGGCGUCGAGAGUCCCACAGUCGGUUGAUGGAAUCGCUGGCAGUAUCAACGAAUUUCGCUAUGAACACUCAUCUGGCAUAACGUCUGAUGCUUGGUUUCGUCGCUAUGAAGACCUGUUCAGGGUCGACUUUUCACUUCAAGAUGAUAAGCAUGAUAAGUACGCUAACUAUAUUCUGCUAAAGAACCCGCGCGAUUUCACUUUUGAUGAAACGGUCAACACGCUUUCACAAAUAUUCGGUGAGCAAACGUCACUUUUUAACAUCCGUUAUCGAUGCAUGAAGCUAGUGAAGAUUGAUGCAGACGACUUCCUCACAUAUUCUGGCAUCGUGAACCGAGAAUGCGAACGGUUCAAACUCGGAUCGUUAACGGAAGAUCAGUUCAAGUCGCUGAUUUUCAUAUGUGGUCUACAAUCCCCGAAGGAUGCAGAAAUCCGUACCCGACUCCUCAGCCGCAUCGAGCAGGACCCAUCCAUGACGCUGCAGGCCGUCACCUCGGAAUGUCAACGAUUGCUUAACCUGAAGCAUGACACCGCGAUGGUCCAACUCGGGGGUCAUGGCGGUCCCGAGGUUCAUGCAAUACACCAGGAUACGCAACAGCCUGGCCCUGUCAAAUCUGGCCCAACCAAACCGAUCUCGCAGUGUUCUGGUCCGAAGCAAAACAAAGGCUCAAAGAAGAAACCACCUUCACAAUGUUGGCACUGUGGAGCCUGGCACUUCGUCAGGUUCUGUCCUUACAAGAAGCAUCGGUGCCGCCAAUGUAAGUCCGUGGGACACAAAGAUGGAUAUUGUCAGUCACGGAUGCAUACGGCCUCUGCUGUUUCAAAGCAAUCAUCACGCAUCCGUCCCAAACCGAAAUCGAACCCCGUUGGCUCCUCUCUCAGUUUGCUGGCUACUUUCCAGAUCAACACGCCAGGUAACCGAAAGUAUCUGACAGUCACCGUAAAUGGUCAUCCAAUCCGUCUGCAGCUGGACACUGCGUCGGACAUUACCAUCAUUUCGGAGAGGCUUUGGCGCACGCUCGGACAACCUCCGAUCAGACAAGCAGCUCGAACUGCAACCAGUGCCUGCGGUGGAGAGUUAAAACUUUCCGGUGAGCUCCAGUGCUGUGUAUCUUUUCGAGGAACUACAUUCGUGGGGUCGUGUUAUAUAACGGCAACUGAGUUGAACCUAUUGGGUCUUGAUUGGUUCGAUCGCCUUGGGUUAGCCGACAUUCCAAUCAGCGCCGUUUGCAAUGCAGUUCAGUCUCCUACAGCGCAUCCAGAUCAUGCAUCCGACAUUAUGGAGCGAUUUCCAAUUGUUUUCCAGUCCGGUCUCGAAAUUCUGGAUGCGCCAUUGGCAACCGGCAUUCGGGAAACACCAGGUCAUGAUUGGCUGUUGGGUCCAGAUCUCGUCCUGAUGCCGGACUGGCAAGCGUCUCGAAUUCUUGGCCAAUCUUGCAUGGGACGGACUUCUCGGCCGUAG